AUGUCCAGCACCAAAUUGGAGGAUUCCCUCCUUCGUCGCAACUGGUCAUCCGCUCCGGAGCUGAAUGAAACUCAAGAGCCGUUUUUAAACCCUACGGACUAUGACGACGAGGAAUUCCUGCGGUACCUGUGGAGGGAAUACCUACACCCUAAAGAAUAUGAGUGGGUCCUGAUAGCAGGGUACAUCAUCGUUUUCGUUGUGGCUCUCAUCGGGAACGUCCUGGUCUGCGUGGCGGUGUGGAAGAACCACCACAUGAGGACAGUCACCAACUACUUUAUAGUCAACCUAUCCCUGGCGGACGUGCUUGUGACCAUCACCUGCCUUCCAGCCACCCUCGUUGUGGACAUCACUGAGACCUGGUUCUUUGGACAAUCCCUCUGUAAGGUCAUUCCUUAUUUACAGACCGUGUCCGUGUCUGUGUCUGUUCUUACGUUGAGCUGCAUUGCCUUGGACCGAUGGUAUGCAAUUUGUCACCCUUUGAUGUUCAAGAGCACAGCCAAACGGGCCCGGAACAGUAUCGUCAUCAUCUGGAUUGUCUCCUGCAUCAUAAUGAUUCCUCAAGCCAUUGUCAUGGAGUGCAGCAGCAUGCUCCCUGGCUUAGCCAAUAAAACCACCCUCUUUACAGUAUGUGAUGAGCACUGGGGCGGUGACAUUUACCCAAAGAUGUACCACAUCUGCUUCUUUCUGGUGACGUACAUGGCACCUCUGUGUCUUAUGGUAUUGGCUUAUCUACAAAUAUUCCGUAAACUCUGGUGCCGACAGAUCCCAGGAACUUCUUCUGUGGUUCAGAGAAAAUGGAAGCAGCAGCAACCGGUUUCUCAGCCCCGAGGGUCCGGACAGCAGAGCAAGGCCCGGAUUAGCGCUGUGGCUGCUGAGAUAAAGCAGAUCCGAGCACGGAGGAAAACAGCCCGGAUGCUCAUGGUCGUUCUUUUGGUCUUUGCAAUUUGCUAUCUCCCAAUCAGCAUUCUCAAUGUGCUAAAGAGAGUGUUUGGGAUGUUCACACACACCGAAGACAGAGAGACUGUCUAUGCUUGGUUCACGUUUUCCCACUGGCUUGUGUAUGCUAACAGUGCUGCUAACCCAAUCAUUUACAACUUUCUCAGUGGAAAAUUUCGAGAGGAAUUUAAAGCUGCCUUUUCUUGUUGUCUUGGGGUUCAUCAUCGCCAAGGAGAUCAGCUCGCAAGGGGACGGACAAGCACAGAGAGCAGGAAGUCCCUGACCACGCAGAUCAGCAACUUUGAUAACGUAUCAAAACUCUCAGAGCACGUGGUGCUUACCAGCAUAAGCACACUCCCAGCAGCCAACGGGGCAGGACCGCUUCAAAACUGGUAUCUACAGCAGGGAGUACCAUCUUCACUACUAUCGACCUGGCUGGAGGUCUGA